UAGUUGUGUAGUGUCACAGUUUUAGUUGUGUAGUGUCACACAGUGUCCUGUCUUGUCCUUGGUAUAACCCGGUUGUGUCCCGGUUGUCCCCAUGUCCCUGGUUGAGGUGACCCCCCAUGGUGGUCCGGGUGAGGAGGGUCAUACUGAGCGCCCUCCGUUCCCCCACCGGCGCCAUGGUGAACUCGAUGAGCAGCUCCCCCUGUUACCUGCAGAGGAUCCCCCCUCCUCCAUCUCCGCAAUCCCCCCGCAGCCCGCAGCCUCCUCCUCCCCGCCCUCCUCGCCGCAGUGCUGCCCCUCAGCGCCCGGCCGCCUCAUCGCAAUCUGCUGUCAUGGAGGAGCCAAGAUGGCGGCCCUGGCCUACAACCUGGGCAAACGGGAAAUUAACCAGCACUUCACCGUGAGGAACGCCAAGAUCCUGGCCCUGGGAGCCGUGCUGCUGCUCUCCGUGUGCCAUGUCGUGUCCCGGGGAUACUCCCGAGGGGCUACAACCUGUGACAACCUUAUUUCCAGUGGCAGAUUCCUUGGAGAGAACGUAUGGCAACCAUACAGCUGUAUGAUGCAUAAAUAUAAGACAAGUGAAGCCAAACAAUGCCUUGCAAACCAACAAGUUACAUUCAUGGGAGAUUCCAGAAUACGAGAUUUGUAUUAUGCGUUUGUAAAGAUACUGAAUCCAAAUGUCAUGAAAGAGAAGAAGCAUGAGGACCUUCCUAUAUUUGUGGAUGCAGAUGCUGGACUUAAAGUGGAUUUUCUGUGGCAACCAGAAGUGAACCAUUACAUGAAACAAAGUUUUCAAGCUAUUAUGGAGAGGGAAUCAAAGCCUCAAUUUAUUGUGACAGGAUCAGCUACGUGGACCAUCAAGUUAAAUAAUGGCAGCACGAAGGCUUUAGCUCGAUACAAAGUAAACCUUAGUGACAUGGCACUUGUUUACGAAAAAAAUACCGACAGUCAUAUAUAUUGGAUCUUGCAAGAUUCAGUUUAUGAGCCAUUGUUAAGUGAAACUCGGAAAAUGAUUACAAAUGAAAGGAUUGAUGCAUAUAAUGAUGUAGCAGUUGGAAUAUUAAACAGAACCAAUCUGAAGUCAAAAUCCAAAUUACGGAUUUUCAGUGUUAAUAGACUGAUCUCAAAAGACGCCAUGCCAAAAUCAGAGGAUGGAUUGCAUCUCCCAGAAUCUAACAAUUAUAUUAAUGCUAUGAUUCUUAUUAAUGCAUACUGCAACAAUAUCUUAAAACCAAUUGAUGGUUCCUGCUGUCAAGCCAGCUCACCACUAACUAUCAUUCAGCAGCUGGCUGCUUGCUUUUUUAUUAUAUGCAUCAUUGGUUAUUUAUUUCUUGCGUUAAUGCAGCGAAGCAAGCAGCGAAAGAACAAGCCUUGUGCAGAUAUAGAGAGUGGUGAGGAAAGGAAGCCUGCAACGGCCAUCCCUGCAGCCUCCAACAUGGAGGUCCUAUUAGCCUCACUCUGCAAGCUCAGCCUCAUCAUGGCCUACUUUUACUUCUGUGAUCGAGCCAACCUGUAUAUGAAGGAAAACAAAUUUUAUACACACUCUUCUUUUUUUAUACCCAUCAUCUAUAUCCUUGUGCUAGGCAUCUUCUACAAUGAAAAUACUAAAGAGACUAAAUUACUAAACAGGGAACAAACAGACGAAUGGAAGGGAUGGAUGCAACUUGUUAUAUUAAUCUACCACUUCUCGGGAGCUAGUUCUUUUUUACCAGUAUACAUGCAUGUUAGAGUUCUCGUUGCUGCCUACCUUUUCCAGACGGGUUAUGGACAUUUUUCCUAUUUUUGGUUAAAAGGUGACUUUGGAAUCUAUCGAAUUUCUCAGGUCAUAUUCCGUCUGAACUUCUUAGUCGUGGUGCUUUGCAUCGUCAUGGAUCGACCCUAUCAGUUCUACUAUUUUGUUCCUCUAGUAACGUUUUGGUUCAUGGUCAUCUAUGGUUCCUUAGCUGCUUGGCCUCAGAUUAUCCAGAAGAAAGCCAAUGCAAACUAUCUGUGGCACUUCGCUCUGAUGCUUAAAUUUGCUUUUUUGCUACUAUGCAUAUGUUUUCUUUUAUAUUCUCAGGGCUCAUUUGAGAAGGUUUUUUCACUGUGGCCGAUAUCCAAGCUGUUUGAAUUAAAUGGAGAUGUCUAUGAAUGGUGGUUUCGGUGGAAGUUGGAUCGAUACGCUGUUUUCCAUGGAAUGCUUUUUGCUUUCAUCUACCUUGCACUGCAGAAACGGCAGGUGCUUACGGAAGGAAAAGGAGAGCCUCUUUUUACUAAUAAAGUUUCAAAUAUAUUAUUAUUUUUUUCUGUAGUUUCAUUCCUGACAUAUUCAAUCUGGGCUAGCAGUUGCAAGAACAAAACUGAAUGCAAUGAGAUGCACCCAUCUAUCUCUGUUGUACAGAUUUUCGCCUUUGUCCUCAUAAGGAACAUUCCUGGAUAUGCACGCUCUGUAUAUAGCUCCUUUUUUGCCUGGUUCGGCAAAAUUUCUUUAGAAUUAUUUAUAUGCCAAUAUCAUAUCUGGCUGGCUGCUGACACGAAAGGAAUACUGGUGCUAAUUCCCGGAAGCCCUAUGCUCAACAUUAUCGUUAGCACUUUUAUAUUUGUGUGUGCGGCACAUGAAAUUUCUAACAUAACCAACAAUCUCGCACAGAUUUUAGUUCCCAAGGAUAACUCUGCACUCAUGAAGAUGUUGCUAUGCCUAGCCGCAUUCUUGUUUGGACUUCUGUUUUUAUCAGCUGUACAAUAACACAAUAUCUUCCUCCACUAUGACACAAAUGUCUUACUUAGAUUGUAGGAACAAUAUCUACCUAGAAUUAAGGAUGUUUGAAAUGCGUCGGCAUGUCCUUCAUUGGCGACCUUUCUGUACAUAAUUAGAAUUAUGUACAAAAAACUGAAUUGUACAGCUGUCUCUCCAAUGAAUUUUGCGAACAAUGAUGUACAGGACAGCACUUUCUUUUUCUAUAAAAAAAAAAAAUUACUUUUGUUUACAUGUGUUUGUUAAGAGGGAAUGCAUAUAAAGGUGUGGUGUGUACAUCUGUGAUUUAACAGUGUACAACGGUUAUCUGUCAGCGAUUACAGCUCAUUUUCAAUCACUCAAGCUGUGAGGGGAUAAAAAAAAAAAAAUGAUGGCCAUUUGUUCAUGAGAUCUAACUGCUUUUAUACAGCACAGGCUAAACUAGCUUACCUUCAUUAUUUACUGUAAAUGUUUUGAAAAGUAAAUUGACUGCAAUACGUGCAAUGAUUUUCUGCUAGUGAAAGUAUCGGGGUACACAGUAAUAUUCUGGAUUAUUUUGAAUCUGCGGGCAUUGCUUUGUUCCUAACUUUGGGUGAAUGUUAUUUUAUGUGUUGACUGACUUGUGUGUGCAUAUUUGUAUGUGCGAGUAUGUAUACAUUUUAUUUAACAGUUUUUGUUCAGAUCAGACAUUGGUCAUGGUUUGGUGAAAGGAUAUUUAUUUUAGGUUGUGCUCCCUUUAGUUUUUGCUGUAAAAUGUAUAUAUUUUAUUAUUGUUAUUUUAUUUGUUGAGCAAAAACUGUUUUACAAGAUCAUACCUAUUGCAAUAUGUUUUAUUGUGUAGACAGAAAAGGAUGGAAACAUGUUAUAUACAGAAUGAGGUUAAAUAUAGCCCUUCAAGAGCUCAUGUUAACGGGACAGUGCUUUGGUGUUUAUUUACACACUAUUUUACAUUGUGUAGCAGAAUUUAAGGUUACUGCGUAGAGGAAGAGAAAAAUGUCAAUUAAUUUUCCCUGCUUCUGUUGUAAAUCCAUCAUGCAAUCGUAUAUAAAUAUAAGUAAGCAGACACCAUAGAGAAUAAAUUAUAAACAUAUGGCAUAGACACUUAAUUACUUUGAAGUUAUGUUGCCCAGAAUGUUAAUUUAUGAUAUCAUGAUUUGGGUGAUUUUUCAUUCUGGUGAUUUCCAGAUCUGUAAUUUUAAUAUGAAUUUAUAAAUUCUGGCACCAGCACCUUUUUUUUGUUUGUUUGUUUGUUUUAUUCCUUGUUUUCUUUUUGUGGCAAUCUUCAGCAGCUUUCAUUCCAAGUUUCCAUACUAACUAACAGCACUAACAAUAAUGGAUGGUUGAAAAAUCAGAUGUGCAGAUAAUUGUCCAAAUCAAAUCUGUCGGGGCUAAAUACUUCAGUGAGAAUUGGAAGUGAAUUUAAAAUAAAUUUAAGGACAAAAUAGCAGAACUUAAAUAUUUAUCCAAGUCUGUUAACCAAUUAAUGCAUAAGCAAAUCUUUUAAGGGCGAAUGAUAAUACAUUAGAGUGAUAUGUAAAGACCUUGUGCCAAUACAGUAUGCUCUGUCUAUUGUCAUUGGCCUUUUAGGUGUUUAGGAAGUGUGAUCAGCUAGACACACCUACUUUUUGAUCUACUUGGCAACAUCAUAUUGCAUUUGAAAUUUAAUUAAUCACAGUUAACCGAUAUAUAAAACUUUAUGAUCUAUCUUUUUAAAAAAAAAUUAUUCCAGUUCCUUUGAUUAGUAUUUUUAUUGCAUUUAUGAAAACUGUCAAACGAUUACUUAAUUACUAAAAUAAUUCUAACCACACCACUGUUUGCUUUCUUAGAACUACAUUAUGCUACAUUUGAAAUAAUCAGAUGCCUACAUAUAAAAAGUGGCAGCUGACAUAUCUUGUAUUAGGGUAAGGCAGCUUGAAUUUUAUGCAGGUUUUCAUUCGGCUAGCACUUUUACAUGUCUGAUUUUGCUUCCUUCACAUUAUACAGAAGUAAAGAUGGGAAGAAAGUAAGUCGGAUGUCAAACUGCAAUAUCAUUUCAAUGAUUUUACUUUGUGACCAUGAACUGGGAAUAGUUCUCUGUUUGCAUACAAUUACAGUAAAGGGCAGUUUACGUACACUUUCCCUACAAAGUUGAUGUGUUUUCAUUAUGUUGUUGCCCACAAAUAUUUGCAGGGACUUCAUUACUUAUCACUAUUGUGUAGGACAUGUUAGAUCAGUUCUAGUGAUCAUUCAUUUAGCCCGAGGUUCCACAACAAUCAAACAAUGUUUACUCAUGUUCUCUCUACUUCCCUGUCCAAAUAACUUCCCCUUCCCAAACUAGGGCUUUUUUGUUUGCUGCCUGCUUCAGCCCCACUAAAAUGCUUGAUGUGCUCCAAUAUCCGCCAUACCUGUGACAGGUUACCUGGCAAUGUUACUGUACUUCACACUCCAUUCUCCAGGAUACAAGGCAGGCAGACACUGAGUGCCACCUCUUUGGCCUCUGUAUGCCACUGGGGCACUUGUGCCAUAGUUUGCCAUCACGAUGUUAAAUGCUUUGUGAUUAUGUAAAUUAUUAUUUUGUGAUAUAUGUACAUGUGCUGUUAACUCUUAUGGUUCAUCAUUAGACCAUAGCGAAGCAUGGAAUGCACCGACAUUUUCUUAUUUCUCUAUUGUUUGUUAUACAGAUACAAAUUCUUAUUGUGAGGCUGUCUUCCACAAUACAUUUGCAUCACACAAUCUGCUUCUCAUAGAUAAACAUAUAAGGUUACUCACUAAAGUGAGCGUUGUAAAGAAUUCAAAGUGAUUUUCAAACUUAAAACUAAAGCCGGAAAAAACAGAAGCAUACCUGAUUUGAAAAUGUUCCCAGUUUGGCUAUUUUGAAAUUUUAUUUGAAAUUCGCUUUGACAUGCCAGCAAUUCUCUCUUUAGUGGAAAACCUUGUUAACCCAUACAUUGGGCAGGUAAAGAUUGGCAGCAGAUGCAAAAACUAAAGUUCUAUUUAAAGGAAGACUAUAGGCACCCACAUUAUGGCUUCUCAAUGAAGUGGUCUGGUUGCCAUGUCCCCCCCCCCCACCCAGCCCCUCAUUUUAACCCUGCGAGUGAAAAUAUUGCCUUUUUGCUGAGCAGCAAUGUUUACAUUGCAUGAUUUAAAUACCUCUAGUGGCUUUUACUCAGACAGUCUCUAGAGGCACUUUUGAUGAAAUAGCAGAGUAAAAUUCAGCUGUUUCAAUUAGAUGAUCUCAUAGAGACCAUCUGAUAGGGGCAGCGCUGUGUUUUGGCUUCCAGUGCUUUCCUAUGGGAAAGCAUUUGAUUGGCUGAGAUAAUCGAUCUUGAUGAUCUUAGCCAAGAAGGUAAGACUGGCGCUGUGAGGAAGAAAAGUAAGUAAACUACCUUUUUUUUUACUCCUAACUGAGGGGGGCCAUUAAUCUAAACGGCUAACAGAGGACUAUAGCAUUGGGAAUACAUAUUUAUAUUCCUAACACUAUAGUGUUCCUUUAACAGAAGCCCAUAAAGUCAUACACAAAGAUGACUGACACAACAUAUGCAAACCCAUGCAGGCGGAAUUACAUGGCAUUAAGUGACGUGAAAGACUGGCCAUUGCACUCAAGAGUGUGCCAAUGAAGAAUGAAUGCAUGGCAAGCUAUAUAAUUCAUUUAAAAUAACACAUCAUUAUUACAAUUGCAAACUGUAUGACUAUCACAAUAUAUAGAUAUUACAAAUAAAUAAAAAAAAUGUAACUCUUUGUAUUUUAUAUGACAGAGUUCCUUUACAGAUUUAUUUUCAUAAUUAAGUUAUUUAUUUCUACAUCUCUCAUAGUAUCCUGCUUCCAGUGUGAAUCAUACAUGUUGAUUUCAUAAUAUCGUAUGGUUUAUUUAGAUUAAAACAUACCUGCACAUAAAUGCACUGUGAACUUGAUUUAUACUUUUAUUAUGACAGGUAUGUGGAAGAAGCUUUAGUCUGAUUUUUAUUAUUUUUUUUAAUUUUUUUUUUGUCCAUGUUAAAAAGUAGAGCAAGGAAAAUAAAAUGUAGAUAUUUUAUUUAUAUUAGUUGUAUACAUUUGUUUUAAGCCUUUUUGCAUUAUUUUUUUAAUAUAUAUAUAUUGCACUUGUUUGCAUACUCUGUAUGUGGAGAUAUAAUGUGUGAAUGUUGCUAUAGUUAAAUAAAGGGUUAAUGAAUCCACCUUUUUCGUUUUCUGAAUUAAACCUUGUGGAGCUCUUUAUAACAAUCCUUAUAAAAUGAUAUGGUUGAGUAAAAAGACGAGUUAACGAACAAGCAAUACAUUGUGUAAACUUGUAUUUUUCGUGUGUAAUAAACCACUUUUAAAAUUCAA